AUGAGCGCCGAAUCGAGACGGCAUCUCACGAACCGGAGGACUCGAUUUCGCAGCAGCACCAACAAUGAGCGCGGCACCGUCGCCGACGACGAACUCGACGUCGCCGCCGCUCGGCACAUGUAUCCAGCAACACGGCCCGCCGCGGACAUUUCGACGACAGCUGCCACGGACAAGCUGAAGGAGGCGACUCAACUGCGCCCCGCUGGGUUCGUCGGGCUUGGGUUUACCAUGCUGUUCCUGGGCUUGCACCAGUGUCUAUGCACGUCACCGCGACACCACCGCCGAGGGAGGAGCCAGGUGCUGCUCUUCCUGACAGCGUGCAGCGCCGCCGCGCAACUGAUUGCCGGGGUGCGCGACGGACCCCGCGACGGCACCUUUGGCGUCGUCUUCCACGGCGCGCACAGCGUCGUGUGGAUGACCGCGGCGGCGCUGCUGCAGCUCCUCGCUCCCCCGCAUCCACAGCUCGGCGCCGAUGAGCGCAAGCCACAUGCAGGCGGCGGCGGCCGGGCGACGCUCUCGGUGGCGGCGAGCAUGCUUCUCAUGGCCGCCGCCUUUGCGUGUCUCGGAUGCGCCGUCGCCGCGAGCAAGGCGCGCAUCCCCGUCCUGCUCCUGCUGGCCAGCGUCGGCCUGGGCCUGCUGUGCCUGAGCCGCGCCGCGUUCCAGAUGCCCGGGGCGGACGACGCGGCGGGCGCGGCGGAGGACAUGAACCGCUACGGGGGCGGGUUCCUGUUGGUGUCGAGCUUUUUGGCAUUUCGCACGGCACUGCACGCGGGACGGCGGCGGCGGUUAGAGUGCACACGAGUCCUGGCGGGAGGCGGCGGGGAGCCGUCAUGA